AUGUGGUAUCGGGAGAGACAAGAUAUUCGAAAUUGGAACAUCGGGGCGGCCAUUGAGACUCGUCCCACGCCACUCUGCUACCUCCAUCUGCUGCAAGGUGGCGGGGCGGCCCGCGACGUGACGGCUAAUGCCACUGCUUUCGGUUAUCGAGAUUGGGACUUUGCCUGUGUGGUAACUGGGGUCUGGUCCCGCGACCAAGAUAGAACCGAACUCGCUCGAGCUGCCGUGGGUGCAGACCUCGGGCCAGACCCCAGAGACGCCGCGCUGGCAGCCAAGGCUUUUGGGCCGAAACGGCCGCGCCUGGCUCGUCUCGAACAUAUCUCGGAUCCGCGCAAUGUGCUGGCUUACGCUUGCCCACUCCCGAAAGCGAUGAAACAGAAGCUCAUCAUUCUGGUCACAGGUGAAAGCUGCGCCGGUAAGGACUAUUGCGCCGACAUUUGGGUCUCCGUCUUCAUCUCGUGUCACAAAAGCCUCAUGGCGCGCGCAGUGAGCAUUAGCGAUGUGGCUAAGAGAGAAUAUGCGGCGGCUACUGGUGCCGACCUGACCCGCCUGCUUCAGGACCUGAACGGCGCCGUAGAUGUGGAUGUGCUGCUAAUCACAGGGAUGAGAGAUGAGGCGCCGGUCGCGGCCAUGUCGCAUUUGGUGCCAGACAGCAGACUGCUUGAGGUUCGCGUGCAAGCCAGCGAAGAGACGCGGCGGGCUCGUAAAGGCUGCCCCUACGAUGAUGGUGACGACAAUGAGGAAAACGAGGACGACAAAGAAUGGCUCAAAUUGGAGGGCCUUAGACUACCGCCCAAGUCUGAUCUUCGACAAUGA